AUGAUAUUACUAGUAACCCAGCUAGUAGGGAAUUUGUUGUCUAUAAUGGCACUUUUGUAUCAGAGGCGAUACAACAAACUGCAUAAAUCGAUCUACGGUUUGUCAUAUGACACCGCUGUGCUAAAUAUAGCUAGACUAUCGGUUGAUUUAUAUGCAUCAUUCAAUUAUAAAUUUAAUAUUUAUGUCAAUAAGCAACUGUACGCUAAAUUUCCACUGUUUUAUAAAGACUGGGAUGAUAUUCCGGUCUCUAUGACACUUUUGAUAACUAAUAUUUGUUUGUUAGUAGCAUAUUUAUCCAUUUGGAAACAAUUAAUGCUUUAUAGAGCAACAUCGCACACACAUCAGGGAGUCUCUAUGAUAUGUAUAGUCACAUUAACUGUAUUUUUAGGACUCGUAGGUACUGCUACAUUUUAUUUCUAUCAUGUUGAUCCUCACCAUUUCACGUAUCUUGACCAUUUGAAUAUUAUGUGGGUCAUGGGAAAUAUGGUAGGUAUGGUAACGUUGUGUCCUCAGAUAUGUAUUAAUUGGAUGGGUAAAUGUUGUUCAGGUAUCUCUAGUCGGUAUAUCCUUACAUUGAUUAUUGCCGAUUGUGUCAGGUGGAUCGGAUAUACUAUUACAGCAAUGAAAGAGUCAGUAGAAUAUUGGAAUUGGCCAUUUAAUUCGAUUCCAAUAGUAACUACAUCCGCCGAACUACUAUGUUUAGUAGUAAUCUUAUAUCAAGCACAGUUUGUAUAUAGAGGACAUAAACCUACUCUUCCACGGAUUAGUGAGAAGAGUACUGCCCUUGUUUGA